GCAUCCACUGUACCAAACAAUCAAUUGAUGACAAGCCUCGAAUUCUAACCUCUUUGUUAUUGGUCGUGGAAUUAAUAGAGUUGACGAGGGGCAUGCCAAGGCGAAGACUGUGUCAUGGGCGGACCAAAGUCAAAGCCAAGAAAUGAGGAGCUGAGCCUCGGCUUUCCAAGAAACGCCCGGCGCCAGAAAACUCAGUGCCUCAUUUAGGUUUACUGCACUUCAAUACCUGUUCUUCUCUCCCCUUGGAAACAAGAUUUUCGCUCCAAGGUGACUUCUUGGGUAUCAUUUUUAAUAUGGCAAGGGAUAAAAUAGAUGAAGUGCCCAUGUUAUCAAAUAGCCAGUCGCAUGAUUCUUCAGUGAUAGAUGUGGAACUGCAAUCUUUUCCCAUGAGUAGGAGUGCAUCCAUGUCCCUACCCACAAUGAGGGGCAUCAGACAGCAAAAAGAGGAAAACAAAAUGAUACCUUUUAGUGGUCCUAUUAGGAGUGAAGGAAAAAUACAAGCUUUUCUACCAAUUAGUGGUCCUUUACCAAUGGUUAGGGGAUAUGAAGGCAGAAGUAUAAGCACAAGUUCUUCUUUGCGGACACUGAAUAAAGUGGAUGGAACAGAUUUUGAGGGGGGCAUUAGUUUAAGUGGAGGCAGACAUGAAACAAGUGAUAACCAUGGAAAGAAGCAUGAACACUUACUUAAAUCUGGACCUUUAGGAAGGUGCAAUGAUCCAUUCUGCACUACUUGUCCUUCAUAUUAUGGCAUCAAUGAGAAAGAUGCAAAAAUGUCUCAUUUGCGACCAGCGUUUGAUUAUAAGGUUCACAGCACAUUGUUUGGAGGUGCAAAGAGUUCAAUAAAAAGUUUCCCAUCUUUGUUAUUUUCUUGUAUCCCUGGAAUCAUGAAUCCUCAUGCAAAGAUUGUCCAACAAUGGAACAAGUUUUUCGUCAUAUCUUGUCUAGUUGCGAUCUUUGUGGACCCACUAUUUUUCUUCGUUUUAUCUGUCAAACAGGAUUACAGGUGUAUAAUUCUUGAUAGGCCUCUGACAGUAGUAAUUACUGUGCUAAGAAGUAUCACAGACUUUUUCUAUUUUCUCCACAUGCUACUUCAGUUUAGAUUGGCAUAUGUUGGUCCCGAAUCUCGAGUUGUAGGUGCAGGGGAUUUGGUUGACGAUCCAAAGGAGAUAGCCCAGCAUUAUCUCUGUCGAUAUUUUCUGCUUGAUCUUUUUGUGGUUCUACCCUUACCACAGAUUAUGAUAUUGGUGGUUCUGCCUAAAUAUGUUGGAAGUUCAGCAGCAAAUUAUGCUAAGAACCUGUUGCGUAUCAGUGUGCUUCUUCAGUAUGUCCCGAGGAUGGUCAGAUUUCUACCUUUGCUUGCUGGAAGCUCGGCAACAGGGUUUAUUUUUGAAUCAGCAUGGGCAAACUUUGUCAUUAACAUUCUUAUUUUUAUUCUGGCUGGACAUGUGGUUGGCUCAUGUUGGUACCUUUUUGGGCUCCAGAGGGUCAAUCAAUGUUUGCGGGAUGUUUGCAAUCUUGCAACAGAUUCCAGUAAAACAAAUUGUUCUAGUUUCAUUGACUGUAGCCAUGGAGAAAAAAUAGGAACUUUCAGUCAAAUGGAUACAUGGAUGGUAUGGAGAAAUAAUACAAAUGCAACAGACUGUCUGAUGGGAAGCAAUUCAAAGAACUUUACAUAUGGUAUAUAUAAUGCAGCAGUUCCUGUAACAAUGGAGUCUAGUUUCAUAAAAAAAUACACAUAUUCUUUGUUUUGGGGUUUUCAGCAAAUCAGUACUCUUGCUGGCAAUCAAGUCCCAAGUCUUUUUCCAUGGGAGGUGUUGUUUACAAUGGGCAUUAUUGGUCUUGGCCUAUUACUUUUUGCUCUGCUUAUUGGAAACAUGCAGAACUUUCUUCAAUCACUUGGCCGCAGGAGAUUAGAAAUGCAAUUGAGACGACGAGAUGUGGAGAUAUGGAUGGAGCGUCGACGCCUACCACUGCAAAUGCGAAGCCGAGUUAGGCAAUCUGAACGGUUCAAGUGGGCAGCGAAUCAGGGUGUUAAUGAAGAAGAAUUGAUGGAAGCUUUACCUGAGGACUUACAAAGGGAAAUUCGGCGGCAUCUUUGUUUAGAUCUUUUGAAGAAA